AUGUGAAUUGUGAUGUGAUUCUUGCAGAGAUUCCGGAGAAUAUAUCCGGUGACUCGCCGGCGAAAUUUUCCGAUCAGGUGCUCUUUAACCUUCACUUUCCUUUCUCUUUCUCCUCAUCGUCGAGUUUAUAUGUGCUUAAGAAGAGAUUCGUUAAUUUUUGUGUUUGCUUUCGCUUGCCGAUUUGUCACUUUGCAAACUUAAAAGUCGAUUAGAAAGUGUUUUCAAGGGUUUAGUUGAUCGGACGUGUUCAACGCGGCUAAUAAGGGUCCUAUAUCUGCCGGGAGUUUGUUUUUUUUACAUUUUUGGAGACAUGUGCCCAGAGGAAAGUCCACAGGUUACCAGAAGAACGACAAGAUUAUCCGCUUCGUCCAGCCCCAAUUUGAAUACUCCUGCUAGAGCCACAAAAACUAGUAAAUCCUUGCCUCUGACUCUCAAUAAUCUCGUGUUUGGAGACGAGCCCUUGAGCUUGGAUGAUUUGAUUUCUAGUUUUCCCGGUAGGCGCAUGCAGAUUCUUGAAUUUAUAGGCCUUCUGGGUCCCGUGAAUUCUCCAUUAAUUCCUCUGUUUAUAUACGGAAGUGCUUCAACGGGGAAAACAAGUGCAGUUCUUCAAAUUUUUAGACACUUGAAAAGGCCCUUCGUGUACUCAAGUUGUCUCUCUUGCUACAGUCCUCGGAUUUUGUUUGAAUCCAUAUUGAAUCAGCUGUUGCUUCAUAGGAAAGUUGAAGGGAAUGGUUACUCAAGUGCAAAGCGCUGUGAAAGGCCAUCUGAUUUUGUUAAUCUUUUAAGGGGUGCUUUGUUGAGUGUUGUAAAUAGUCUCCAGGGAUGUACUGGAAAGCCAAGCUCAAAGAAGAUAACAGGAGAGAUUAAUGGAAAUAUGGUUUACUUGAUUAUUGACAACCUUGAGCUUGUGCGGGAAUGGGAUAAGAGUGCUAAUAUAUUGCCUUUUCUGUUUAAGCUCUAUGAUAUUCUGAAGAUGCCUGAAGUGGGAUUCAUUUUUAUUAGUAAAAGUCCACCUGAUACAUAUUACUCAGACACAGGUUAUAUAGAGCCAAUCCCUAUUUAUUUUUCCGACUACACAGAAGAUGAGAUUCGUCAAAUCUUGAUCAGGAAUCAAGGAAACCGAAAGCUUUAUUCUUCUUUUCUUGAUGUGGUGUUGAGGCCAUUCUGUAGAAUUACGCGGCGGCUUGAGGAGCUAUCAGUUGCCUUUUCACCAUUGUUUAAGAAGUAUUGUGAACCUUUAAGUGAGUUAGGAGUUGCUCCUAAUGAAGAAACAAAGAGAAGAUUGUUUAGUCAUCUUCAACCGCACGUAGUGCCUUCCCUGAAUGAGAUAUACAGGGUUUCGUCCCAUCCCUGCUCUGGAAUUGAAAUGAGAAAGGAAAAGGCAAAACAGAAGGAUAAAAUGCAGAAAUUGGGAGGUUCUCAAGCAUUUGAUGAAAUAGAUUUCCAUAUGUCUACUUCUGCCAAGUAUCUUUUAAUAUCUGCCUUUCUUGCUUCAAGAAACCCUGCCACCCUUGAUGCGUCAUUCUUUGACUCAACUGGGGGCUCUGAUAAUCGAAAGCGUAAGAGAAAGAGUUCCGAAAAAUCCAUGGAACACAAGGAAAUUGCAGAACAACAAUCUAUUGCAAAGGGACCAGGAACUUUCCCGUUAGAGAGGCUGUUAGCCAUUUUUCAGUGUAUCACAUCUGUAGCUGAAUGUUCCCUUGAUGAUGAAGGAAGUAACGGAUUAAAUAUGGAAAGUGUAGAUAAUGGACUUAUGUCUGAUGUUCUCUUGCAACUAUCUAGUCUAUGCAAUGUCAAUUUUAUCAGCAAAGGAGGAAGCUGUCCGUUAGAAGGCUCAACUCGGUACCGAUCGAUGGUAUCUGAAGAAAUAGCUUUGAAGGUAGCAAGAAGCCUGAAGUUUCCUUUGUCCAAGUAUUUAUACAGAAGAUAGUUUGUGAUGGAAAAGCUUCUUGUUCCGUAUUCUUCAAAGUUUUUGAAGUUCCUUUUGAAGCAAACUUGAGAUCAAAGAGAUCAUAUUGUCUUUACAUGAGAAGCGUUGGAUGCACAAUCAGCAGCACUAAGUGGAAGUAGCUGGCAGCAGUGUCCAUCAGUUAGACAUCAGACUGAAAUAGGCUGGCAGAGAUCUUGUUUGGUGAUAAAAGUCAACCAUGUGGUUGAUGUGUGGCCAAGAGUGAAUGUAGUAUAUUUUGACCUUGCCUUCUUGCCAUUUUAAGUGAGUUUACCAGGGAGCUUAACAAUAUAUGGUUAUUGUUUUCCUACAUUUUCUCAUAAUUGUAAUUCUUCAAAUAUUUUCAAUGCAAUGCAUGUUCUUCACUUUUGAAGCUU